AUGAAGUCGUAUCACUUUCCCAUUCCUGCAUUAGCUGUUGCUGUGUGCAUUUCUUGGAUUUUGCCAGUACAGUGCUGCAAUAAAGCCCUCUGUGCAAGUGAUGUCAGCAAAUGCUUAAUUCAGGAGCUGUGCCAGUGUCGUCCUACAGAUGGAAACUGCUCUUGCUGUAAGGAAUGUAUGCUGUGUCUUGGCACACUUUGGGAUGAGUGCUGUGACUGUGUAGGAAUGUGCAAUCCCAGAAAUUACAGUGACACUCCCCCAACCUCCAAGAGUACAGUUGAGGAACUUCAUGAUCCCAUCCCAUCUCUUUUCCGGGCACUAACAGAGGUGGAUGGCAUAAAGCAACUUAACUGGAACAUUGUUUCUUUUCCUGCGAUAGAAGAACUUUCUCAUCAUGAAAACCUGGUCUCCUUUCUGGAUUCAGUGAAUCAGCCACAACACCAGAACAUAUCUGUGUCUCAAAAUGGGGCCCAUGUGGAUCACAGCAAUGAUAAAGGUAUGUACAGUCAACUUUAA